CGGAAGUGACGCGCAUGCGGAGCCGCGGCGGGGCCGCGCCGCCAUGUCGCGGAGCCCUGAGCGGCGGCCGCAGUUGUGAGUACGGGCGGGCCCGGGGGUCUGCCUCGCAGGGACGCCCCGCCAGGUGGAGGAACAAGCCUCUUUGGAGGUUUCUUCUUGGUGACAUUUUGCGGCCCUAGUUAGUUGGGGGUGCAGCAUUACAGGCUGUAUGUACCGAGUCAUUCCGACAACGGGACCAGAUGGAAAAAACCUUCUGAAAUUGCUUCCCAUUUCUAAAACUUCUGAAAGCUUUGUGCCAAUAGUUCAGUCUCCAGCCAUGCCAAAUAAUUCUAAUGCAAAUGUUUCUAGCCCAGUCCAUCUUACUUUUAAGACACAGAUUGGCAAUACUGCUGCACCUUCAUCUGUUAAGAUACCUAUUUUUCAGCCUCCUAAUCCUGGAAAGAUUAUUCUUACGACAACAUUAGACAAGCAGGAAAGUGCUAGGGCAGGUUCUGAAAAGGAAAGCUUGAUUCCAAGUGCAGCUGCCAAUGUCCAGAGCAGCUGUAUGCCCAUGGAUGGAGUGUCCUUACAGAACGUGGCCAUCAAGAGCUCUUCUCACCAGAGCAGCACAACCUACAUGGUGGUGAACACCAAAUCCCACCCAGUGACUGUCAAGUCUCCGGUGCUGCCUUCCGGACACCACCUCCAGAUUCCAGCUGAUGCAGAAGUGAAAUUUGUCCCAGCGUCUCUUUUGCCACCUGCAGUACAGCAAAAAAUCCUGGCAGCUGCAGCCACCAAUGUGUCUGGAGGGGCUGACAGUACAAAAACGCCGACGGUGAUUUACGUGUCACCCGUAAACACAGUGAAAACCUCCCAAGUCGUGCCCAAGCGCUUGCAGAGCUUUGGCCCCAAACCUGCCACGGAAGUUUCAAAGACACUGAUAGUGACAGCUGCCCAAAAGGGAUCUGGUUCUCCCGAGCCAGUCACAUCCGAGGGGCAGCAGUGCCAGCAAACUCCCAUGAAAUGGAUUGUGCAAGAAACUGCUCCACUCUCAGCAGCUUGUCUUAUCCCUGUAAAGUCUUCAAAUAAUGUGGCUUCCAAGAUCCUGAAAACUUUGUCAGACACGAAGAAUGUAGAAGUUAACCCUGCAAAUAUUUUGCCACUCUGUUCUAAUGGUCCUGGUGGAAGCCAAACCAAAAUCACACCUUUAAAAGAUAAUGCUCUGGUCAUGUACAAUGGGAAAAUCUAUUUAUUGACCAAAAGAGGCUCUGAUAUUCUGUCAGCCCAGGCUGACAAACAGGCAUCUUCCUCUUCUGAUGCUUUACUUAAAAAGGAGACACCCAAGCAAAUGGAUUCUACUGGAGUCAAUAAAAUAACCAGUAAAGUGGUGAAUCUGGUGUUGUCAAAAAGCAAAGGAGUGGUGCUGUCUCAGAAAGACCCAAAACCAUGUACAGUUGCCAAAAAUUCAUCACCAACUAGCUUAAGAAAUGACUUAAAAUCCACACCUGCAGCUCUGCUAACACCAAGUGCUAAUCAGCAGGAUCCCACUGUAAGCCAGAGACAGAGUUUGCCCUCCAUCAGGCGCGUUUCUUGCAGUGAAGUGAUCCCAGUUCCAGCAGUAGGGAUGCAGGAAAGCGUGUGGCAAAAUGGCAAAGACAUGAGUAAUUCCCCAAGAGCAGCAGGGGCUGUGUUACCUCAGGCUAAGCAGGAAUGUGCUGUCAGUGAAGACUGGCCAAAGAUCCAAUGUGUAAAGAUGGAUUCACCAGGAAAGGUUAUUCAAAUGAAACACCAAGAGCACCCACACUGGAAACAAUAUUUGGAAUUAAGGAAAAAAUUUGGCCUCUUUAAGGAGGAGAGAGUUUACCUUGCAAGAGUACCAUUAAGGGCCUUCUGUGAGAAUACAGAAGAAAGGGUUUGUUCCAAUGGCAGCUUGGAAAGGAAAAAUGAGUCUUGCAGUUCAUCCUCAUUGGGUGUGGAAGUAAUGAGUCAUCAUCAGGAAUGUGUUAAAGAAAAGACAAUUGUGGAUCUAGAAGAGGAUUUGAUUAGGAAAAGGAAAAUAAAAUCCUCACCUUUGUCGGACAGUGGCAAGAGGAGGAGAGCUUCGAUCAAAUCAUCCACAAGUCCCAGUUUAGAAAUCACCAGCUCAAGUUCCAGUGCACUUAAAAGGAGUGUUUCACCUGCACCAGCCUCACCACAGCCAAGUGUUCCCACUGGCUUCGUUGGAGUGUCCCAAGAGAGGGACUUGGAGCAGGACACAUUCCCCCAGUACAGUGACAUUACCCACCCAGGGAUUUCAGUUUUAGUUUCUGAAGAGGAUACUUCCAUUCUGGAAGGUUCUUUCCGAGAUGAUGCUUUCCCUGUGGCUCCCCCAGACCUGGAUGAAACGAUACGGGAUGAAAAAAUCAAGCGACUGAAGCAGGCCCUGCGGCAGCAGAACGCAGCACUGGAGGAAUUGCGCCGGCAACGGGAAAUGCAGCAGAGCUGAGACCUGUGCCCUGGGGACCCCAACCUCGUGCAUCACCUCUUCAGUGAUUUCAAGAGGAAAUCCUUUGCUUAAAUGAAUAUUUCUGGUAGAUGGAAGAACUAGAUGAAGUUUAAGUAUGUGUGUAUUUACAGAACCAUAGGUUUUUCUUAAAUGCCAGAAGUAAGAGACUUGACUAUCAAAUUCUACUUGUAGGACAUGAUCCAAGAGCACAGACAAAGGGCAUUUUUACCAGCAUAUUCCCCAUAUUUUUAAUUGAGGGGGUUCUGUAUUAGUCUCAGCAAAUAAACUUUCCCCUUUCGAAUUCCAUGGCCUGGCUCUUAGAACCCCAAUGCAAAUUGCAAACCCUAGUUGUAGAUACUGUUUUGUUUUGUUUUUCUCAUGUGCAUGAGAACUUUGAUGUAUUCCUGAGAACUGUUAAUUUUCAGAAGAGGUCAACAGUCAGUGGUUAAUAAAUGCUAUUUAAAUAAUCUGGGAAUUAGACUUUAGACAGUAACAGUGCAGAUAUUUAUAUAAAACCUCUUGCAGAUGUGAAGACAUAGGCAGGAGGAGCCCUGUGACAGUUGCUUGGAUUCAUGGCUCUCUCUGUCAUUAUUGUGAGCCUUUAUAAGGCCAUGGCCAGAUGUGCAAUGUGGAAAUUUGGUUGUGGGGUUGCUUUGGAAGAGUGGGAUGUAUUUUUUUUAAAACAGAGUUCUGUUAAUAAUAAUUUCUUGAAGCUAAAA